AGAAAUAAAGAAGAAGUCUGAUCGAUGGCAUCUAGGUUUCUCAUCCUUUGUAUCUCUUCUCUCUUUCUCUUUUACUUCUUCCUCGUCAUCUCAAGUGCUCAGACUAAUGCAUUUCACGAUGGACAAAAGGUCUUCGACGUCAGAAACUACGGUGCUCGUGGCGACGGCAAAACAAACACAUACAAUGCUCUUGCGUUUACAAAAGCGUGGAACGAAGCUUGUGAAUGGAGUGGUGGAAGAUCAACGGUCUAUAUUCCCGCCGGAACAUUCUAUCUCGAUCAAAUAAUGUUCUCUGGUCCUUGCAAACGUCAUAUUACUUUUACAAUCAAAGGAACGUUGUUGGCUCCUCGGAUCCUUUACGCCGACAAACGAGCAGAAUGGCUCGCUUUCCGUUACGUCGAUAACCUCACCGUUAACGGAGGGGGAAUACUUGACGGUCAAGGAUCUUACUCUUGGCGCCAUCUCAAUGAUUGUGACAAAAACCCUAACUGUCGUGCUCUAGCUAUGAACAUUGGGUUUUCUUUCGUUAGAUCCGCGAGGGUUAACGGUCUAAGAUCGAUCAACAGCAAAAUGGGACACUUCAACUUAUACGCAGUCGAGAAUUUUAACAUUACCGGCGUCAAAAUCACCGCUCCCGAAGAUAGCCCUAACACUGACGGAAUCAAGAUCGGGAGGUCUAAGGAUAUGCAUAUUUUCAACGUCAGUAUCGGAACCGGUGACGAUUGUGUCGCAAUUCUUGACGGAACCACCAACUUGGAUAUCUCUAAUGUCAGGUGCGGACCAGGGCACGGGAUUAGUGUCGGGAGCAUUGGGAGAUUCAAAGAUGAGAAGAGCAUUGAGGGCAUAACCGUAAGAAACUCUGUACUCAAGGGUACAAUGAACGGUUUAAGGAUCAAAACAUGGGCUAAGUCGGCCUCGGAGACUUCGGUUUCGAAAUUUUUGUUCGAGGAUAUCCAAAUGAUCAAUGUUCGAAACCCCAUCGUCAUCGACCAGCAGUAUUGUCCACACAAUCUAUGCGACAGUCCUGGAAAGUAUAAUUCUCAUGUUCAGAUCAAAGACGUGAAGUAUACCAGCAUUUGGGGAACGUCGGCGACUCAAGCGGCUUUGAUGAUGCAGUGUAGCAAAACGUUUCCUUGUCAAGGUGUUGAGCUCUCAGACAUCAACUUGGUGUACAAAGGACGCGACGGGUCAGUCACGGCUACGUGUGAGAACGUUGCUGGUUCGGUUCAUGGGAAGAUCGUGCCUGGUGGUUGCCGGAUUUGAUGAUCUAAAACUAGUCCUGUGUUAGGUUUGGAUUUUUAGAUUGUAAUAUUUCGUAUACAGGUUAUCCUCGAUCUAAUACUGAAGCUAAUCUAAAACUUAAUA